UAUUAUUAUUUAAUUUUUGACGUGAGUACCACUCCCCGCCAAUCAUGGAAAAUGGACCAGUUUCUUGUUUACCAACAACCCCAAAGAUGUCGAAAGCGAAGAAAGUGAUCGAAGAAGCACUGGAAAAUCAAAAUCCAGAGUUGGAUUUAGCGGAUAAAGGGGUAGUCUCCUUCGAGGAGAUGCCCGGACUCAUUGAUAUGCAUAAUAUUACUCGUAUCACACUAAGUCACAAUAAAAUACAAAAAGUACCUCCUGGAAUCGCAAAUUUGACACAAUUAGAAAUGUUAAAUUUAUUUAACAAUCAUAUUGAAGAAUUGCCAGUUUCCCUUUCAUCAAUGCCAAAAUUGCGUAUUUUAAAUGUUGGAAUGAAUCGUUUGGACUCAUUACCGCGAGGUUUUGGAGCAUUUGCAGUUCUUGAAGUAUUGGAUUUAACAUAUAAUAAUUUAAGUGAAUCCAGUUUGCCAGGAAAUUUUUUUAUGCUGGAAACUUUACGUGCAUUAUAUUUGGGCGAUAAUGACUUUGAGACUAUACCACCUGAAAUUGGACAGUUAAAAAAUCUUCAGAUUCUUGUUUUGCGAGAAAAUGAUUUAAUCGAUAUACCUAAAGAGAUUGGCUAUUUACCUAGACUACGUGAGUUACAUAUUCAAGCUAAUCGACUUACAGUUUUGCCACCAGAAUUGGGAAAUUUAGAUCUAUUUGGAAAUAAAUCUGUACUAAGAAUGGAGUUUAAUCCUUGGGUUGCUCCAAUUGCUGACCAACUUCAAGUUGGAGUAUCUCAUGUAAUUGAUUAUAUUAGAUCGGAAACAUAUAGAUAUCUUUACAAUCGUCAUAUUGCUGCUAGGGGUCCACCUCCACCAAAACUUAAUGAUAAAACACGUAAGAUUUCCAGGAACCGUCAAUAUAGCUAACUUAUUUUGUAAAUACUAAUGAUCAAAAUUAACCUAAGACUUAACUGGCAUAUAAUAUCCGAAAACACAAGACAUUCGCCCCUCCUAAAAUAAUAUAUACAUAAAAUAAAAUAUACAUGGUGCAAUUUAAAUAAAAUUGUUCUAAUACUACACCAAUACUAAAAUGUAAUCUCGCACAAUUCAUUUUUUUUUUUUAUUUGUCAUUGAAUUUUGUGAUGUCAAUAUAUUUUGUCAUUACCAGUUAAUUUUAAUGAAUACAUUGUUUGUGUAAGGGACUGAGUUAAACAUUUCGGAGCUUAUUCUUAACAUAUCUAAUCAAUAAUGAUCGAUGUUUGUUUUCCGUUUUUAACUAACAAUAUUAUCUAAAUAUAUAUUAUAUUUUUUUAAUGUCAAUGUAAUAUUGUAGGAAGACUAGUAUUAAUUAUUUUAACAAAAAGUCAUCCAUUUAUAUAUUAAUUAUUCUUAUAUAAUGUAUUUUUUUUAAAUCUUAUAUUGUUAUUACACUCUUUUAUAUAAUUUAUUUUUAGAAUUUAACUAUGUUAAUGUUUAACCACAGAAUAAAACAAUUUGGUUUAACGUUGUAUAAUUCGUGUCAUUAUAGUUAUUUUGAAAUAAAAUAGUACACGUUUUUAAACUAA